UUCUUGUAGCACCACAUCAGAGAGAUGGGACUUACUCUGAGACUUUUAUAGAGAAAUUUGGUUGAAGAGAGAAACGGAGAGAGGAGGAUCGGUGCCUUCACAGCUUUCAUGGUAAUGAGCACUGCGUGAACUUGUUAACCGGGCCUUUUCUCUUUGACCUUAAUUUAAACCGAGGAUUAGCCAUCUCAUCAGAGUUUUUGGUGAAAAGCCAAGGCUUGUUUUGCCUCGAGCUAACUCAAAAGAAGGAUUGGGAAGGAAAUCAGCUACUCAAUCCCUCUGAGAAAGCUUUUUGCAUAUUUCUUUUGGCAAGGAACUUGAAGCGAUUAAAAAGCUAAUUUAUUUGGACCGACUUCAAGAAAAGAAGACGCACCAAAUUUACAUUUUUUUGCUGUAAUGGAUUUGGAUGAGUUCUAUAGCUCAUGUUGAGGAGCAUGCUUUUUAUCUACCUGGAUUCAGCUCUUCAAAGGAUCUUACAAUUUAUUGGUAAUUUCUGCCAUCUCUAACGAUGGAGCUCCGUCAGAGAGUCAAGCUGAGUGAGCCUGGACAGAACAUGAGCCUUUUUCAAGGCGAGACAUGCAGCAGCAAGAUGUGGGACAAAAAAAAGUCAAACGCCUCACACCAGGUGGGAAAAGCGUGGGUUUAUUUGCUCAGAGGAUCCGGUACUUGUUCCGGUUCAAGCAUUCUACCCUGGCGACAGUGUGUUUCCGUGGUAACAGGGAUGUUAUUGGCUGGGGCUCUGGCUCUGUCUCAGGCCUGGUGUGUCAACGCCAUACACGAGAAUCUGCUCUGGUUCUCUCAGCUCACGGAAGUAGAGCGGGAGAUCUCCUUCAGGACAGAAUGUGGACUGUACUACUCCUACUACAAGCAAAUGUUGCAGGCCCCAUCAAUACAGGAGGGCCUCUCGGAUUUGAUCCAUGACAACUUGACAGAAUCCAAGAGGACCAUUAAUCUCCUGCAGCGAAUGAAUAUCUACCAGGAAGUCUUUCUCAGUGUUCUCUACAGAUCGCUGCCCAUACAGUCGUAUCUGGAGCCUGUAUAUUUCUACAUUUAUACAGUGUUCUCGCUUCAGGCCGUGUAUGUGAUCGCUCUGUACCUCACAGCAUGGCUCCUGUCGGGCUCCUGGCUGGCGGGCACGCUCACCGGUGUCUGGUACAUCCUCAACAGGGUCGACACCACUCGUGUAGAAUUCACCAUCUCCCUCAGAGAGAACUGGUCUCUGCCCUUCCUCGCUCUGCAGGUCACCACGAUCACCUGCUACCUCCGGCCUCAGCUCAGCGCCUUUCAGCAGAAGGUGAUGGUGUGGCUGAUGUAUGUGACGACGUUCUGUUUCUGUCUGACGUGGCAGUUCAACCAGUUCAUCCUCCUCGUUCAGGCUCUCAUCAUUUACAGCCUGGACUGUGCAGACUUCCUAACCACUACACAGGUAACCACUUUAUACCUGGUCCAGGUGAGCGGUCUGCUGAGCGUUUGGCUCCUACAGUUCUGUAACUCCAUGAUACUGGGAUCACUGGUGCUGAGCUUCAUCGUAGCAGCACUCUUCGUCAGACACUGUCAGUCUGGUCUGAAGACAGGAGGUCUGCUGCUCCGACUGGGCAAACUGCUGCUCCACAGCAUCAUGGUCCUCCUUCUCACCUGUACCAUCAACUACCUGGCCAAGAAAGCGCUUCAGCUCAGAUCAGACGAGCACAUCUUUAAGUUCAUCCAGUCAAAGUUCGGCUUGGGAUCCACGAGAGAUUUUGAUGCCAGUCUGUAUCUUUGUGAGGAGGCCUUCGGUCUGCUGCCUCUCGACACCCUGGAGCGUCUGGCUGGCACUCUGCUGCUGUACCCGUACAUUUUCACUCUGUUGCUGCUCAGCGGCAUGUUGGUGGUGUCUGCACUGCAGAACCUGAGCAGACCUAAAGGAGGUUCAGCUGAGGAGAGGAAAGGAGGCGGAGAGGGCCGAGUGGUGGCUUUUCGUCCAGAUGUGGCCUAUAAUCUGUUGCACUCGCUGUUCUAUGGCCUGCUAGCUUUCAGCACAAUGAGGAUGAAAUAUAUAUGGACGGGUCAUAUGUGUGCAGUGGCAGCCUACGGUGUGUGUGGGAUGGAGCUGUGGACUCUUCUGCUCAACGCUCUCCGCUGCAACAGUAAAACUCUGUUGAGGCUUGUCAGAUACGCCGUCCCAGUGGCCAUGAUCGCUUGCCUGUAUUACAAGUUCUGGCCCAAGCUAAUGGAGGAGCUCUCAGAACUGAGGGAGUUUUAUGAUCCAGACACCGUGGAGCUCAUGACCUGGAUUAGCACAAAGACCCCUAAGCGGGCUGUAUUCGCAGGCAGCAUGCAGCUUCUGGCUGGCAUCAAGCUGUGCACAGGCAGAGUUCUCACCAACCACCCCCAUUAUGAAGAUAAAGACCUGCGGGAGAGAACCAAACAGGUGUAUCAGAUGUACGCUCGGCGCUCCCCAGAGGAAGUCUACGACAUCCUGAGAGCCAUCGGGGCCGACUACGUGGUUCUGGAAAACAGCAUCUGUUAUGAGCGGCGACACAGGCGAGGCUGCAGACUGAGAGACCUGCUCGACCUGGCCAACGGACAUAUUAUGGACGGACCGGGAGAGAACGACCCGGACCUCGUCCCCGCCGCCCACCCUCGAUUCUGCGAAGCAAUCAAGACCGAUGAUUCAGCCUACUCCGCCCUGUUCACCAGAACUUUUCAAAAUAAAACCUUCCAUGUGUACAGACUCAAGAAGAAACGCAAGAAAAGCUCCAAGACAUCGUCGGAGACCAGUGGGACUCAGUAGCAGGAGCAAAGCUUCAAGAUAAAAACUCCACCGGAGGCCAGAGGGGAGAGAGACGGAGGAGAAGAAAAGAGUCCUCACUGUUCCUCUGUCUCCUCUCUGCACCGCGCCCAGCUGUGAUCACGACCAUUAUUAUUUUAACACACGGCUCUGUGAACUGUGCUGUGAGAGCAGCAGGCCGCUUUAAGCUCUCGGCAGCUACAUUUUAGAGAGGGGAGUGUGGAAGCACCUUAAGGAGACCUGCUCUAGGCUGAUCUGUCAACGCCCACACAACCCUUCACCCAGCUCUCUUCCUCCCAGCUCACACUGGCACAGAUGGACAAACACAGAAACAACGAGACAUCUGUGCAGAGUCCAAAACAACACGAGACCAACAAUUACUUAGUUUCAUUUGAACCCAUCAGUCUGUCUUCUUUACAGAGUCUUUUAAUGAACAAACACUUUUAAGUUUCUGUUUCCAUCUGGGGUUUUUGAAAGCCUUCAUCAAAUUUAGAUCAAACAGCCAAACAAUAUCUUUGUUUUUCUGCAUCAAGCAUAUUUAAGAUACAAGAGGAACAAUUGGAAACCUCUCUGGGUCCAAAAGACCUUGAGCAAACAUUAUUAAUUUAUUUUGUUGCAUGCUACAGCAUCUUCACAGCACUUAUUCAGUUUUUUUCAAUUGACAUUAAAAAGCUUUCAGAAACCUAUACAUUCAACACUAAAAUGAAAUAUUUUUUGGAGUAAAAUACAUUCAAGCAACAAUAGCAAACUUUUAAAACCAAGUAUUGCUUUGAAAUUUGUUCUAAUUAAAUUAAAGAGCCAUAACUCAACCAGAAAGUCCCUAUUCAUAGCUUUCACAAGACACCACACACUCCGUUGAACUUCCACCUGGAGGACAGGGACAGCCUUCUACUGCUGUACAACUUAGAGAAGUCAAUGGUCUCAUUUGCCACCUACAUGUUUUAGCCAGAUUAGUUUUUUAGUUUUGUAAAGCAUGCACUGAUCAGUGGGGUUAUAAUUCUACAAACACCACCAGAGACCAGCAGAUUAAGGCUGUUAGAUGCUGUUCCUUUAGAGAAUAAAAAAAAGUCGAACUGAACAGAACUAAAAUAUGAGCACCAGAACACUGACUGACAGCUGGCCCUGAUCCUCAUAACUUUAAGUAAAGAGAAGUAGGUGAUACUAACUGUACUUACAGAAGAGGAAUUUCUUGCCUUUCACUUCCCAAACAGUAGGUUUGAUCCUGGUAGUGGUGUAAGGAGAAAGGAUGGUCCUCUCUAGUGGAUAAACCAGUGUAUAAACAUAGCUGAAGCUAAUUGGCUAUGAAUUUUGAUUUUUACCAAUUUAAACUAUUCUAAUGUGCUGAGAGAGGCCCAAAAAGACUAAAAACUGGUAGUUUAAGGAUGCAGAUGGCCCAGUGGUUAGGUUGCAACCCAUUUCAAGACAGUCUGGCUGCAGACUGUACAUCUCUGACGACCAGUCUCUCAGAGCAUUCAUUUGAAACGCUGUCUCAGUCAGAACAGAAGUUCUGUAAUUUGCCUGUAUAACGUAUUUUCAGGUUAUGAAAUAACCAUGCCUUUAGCUUAGUUAGCUUUAGCAUAAGCAAUGCUAGCAAAUAAUAAUGUAACUUACUACAUAAGCCAAUGGAGUUACAUUAGUUUUAGUUAAAUAGCUACACUAGCUGUGUGGCUAUGUUAUUUACGUAGCUUACACAGCUAAUGGAGCUACUUAAGCUACAUUUGCUACAUCAGAAUCUUUGCAUGGAGGAUAAGCUUUUUCGCUUGUAAGUAGACUGUUUACCCUGGCUGUAGUUUUGUAGUCAAGUUUUGCGAUCAGGUCUUUUAACUUUUGGUAUGCUAACCCUAACCUUAACCAUAAAUGGAAGUUUAUUCCGAUUUAAUUUCAAAAGUUAGAGCAUGUAUUUCCAUUGUGAUACAGACCGUGUCUCAGAUGAACAGUCUGCAAGAGCGCUGUGGCCAGAUCCCCCUCCCCCAAUUAAAGAAGCUAGUUUUCCAGGCAGACAGACCAAGCUUGAAUCCCAGCUUUGGAUCCUUUGUGGCUGGCAUUUCUACUGCUAUUCUUGCUCUGUGAUUUCCUGUGCAAUCCAUUAUCCUGUCUCUGCUAAAUAAAGAGGAAAAAGCCCCAAAAAAUCAGUCUUAAAAAAUAAAAUAAGAUGAAAAUGAGGCGGCACUAUGUGACCCCACUCUUCUAAACUCUUUGUGCCCUCCAGGCUUACACAGCAGUCGUGUAACUGAAAGCUCUGAAUAGUGCUUAAAGGAGCAUAUUUUUAAACAUACACUAAACAGCACACAUGGGAUCUGAUUUUUCCAUGAAAAUGCUGGGAAACUUUAGGAAAAGUUGAACACAACAAAGCUGUGGAUCUUCAUGACUGAACCUGAUAUAAAGUGAGCUAAAUUUUAAAGACCUUACUGUUUUAAUCAAAUAGUUCUCAUUUGGGCUUCUGCAAAAAGAUCCAAGAAUAUCAGACAAAGAAGUAGGUACAAAUUAGGAAUAAAAUAAGGCUGUAUAAACAUUUGAUGUUCAAAUCUUAACUGAUUUAAUAAACAUGGGAGACAACAGAUAUUAGGACCGUUAGAACCAAUUAUUAUCAUUACCCUCCAAACGCACACACUAGAUAAUUCAGCCAGACGCCAAGACCAGAUACCUUCUGUUUGUGGUUACCAUUUCACAAAAUUUUACAUUCAUUUCACUGAUUUUCCAAGGUCCAUUUCUGAUGAAACUUAAAAAAAAUCAAAAUAUUACCAAACCGUAUCCUCCAAGGUCUGUUGGUUUUGGUUUAAAGCCCCAGAAAACCUGAAAGGUGCGCCUUCAGUCUGGUGAGGUUUAAAUUCCUUCUUUUACUGUGAAAAAUAUUCCAUUCAAAUGUCUCCUGAUUUAUUUAUUCAGAUUUUUAACAAGCACAUUCCCUGAAAAUGUUUGACUGUGUGGUUUGUCCUGUGUGUAUUUUUACUCUGCUGCUAGAUUUCAGCUUGGUGCAUUUCUACUAUGUUUUACCAGCUCAACUGUGCUACACCAGAUUCUUUAUUUCUAAUUAAUGUAUAGUAUAGUAGAUGAGAUGGUCAUAGUGUGGCUUCACAAAAACUGCCAAGAAACCAAAUUACUCUGCGGCUUUGAUGAAUUUUGUUCAAUUGAAGGUUGCAGGAGCAAAAUUAAAUACUUUUGAUAAAAGCAGGGAAACAUUACUUCCUGCUCUCCAGUGUGACUAUACCCUCACUGGGGUAAAAAUGUCCUGAGACUUAUUGACUUUAGAUUAGAAAACAUGGUAGCAAUGCAGUUAACCUUACUGUAUAGCAGUGAUCAUCAGCUGGCAGCCAUAGCAGACCCCCCAAAGCCCCUCAUCCUGCCCCACAAGAUGAUUAAAUUCAGAAAAUGAGAAGAAGGGAAAAAAAGCUGUUGUGGUUUUUAGUGUAUCUUUUGUCUUUAAAUCCCUACAGCUAUCAAAUCAACCCCAAAAUGAUCAAGAUUUCAACCUUUUUGUCAGGAAUGACUUAAUUUUUGGUCUAUUUUUUUAAACAUGUACUUAUCAGUCCACUUCUGAUUAAAUCUGCAGUUUGUUGUGUCAACUUUUCAUUUCAGGCUUUCGGAGAGUGUAGUGUAGUAAUGUUCUUGGCUGGCUUUUAAUUAGCUCGAACAGACAUCUGCUUUGAAAAAUCUUUUCUGAAAAAGCAGGGUUUAUGUGAAGUAGAAACCUACCAUCAGUAAGUUUCUAGUAUAGACUUUAUAUAAAAGGCAGAAUGUUACACCUCUAAAUGACUUUACCAUUCAGAGACCACUCCCAUCCUCUCCUGCACCUGUACUGCCUUGGCUCCAAGAGCUCCGGCUUUAGUAACACCGAUGCUAGAGAAAACAGCCCAAACAGAUAGUGUUCAGGACCACCACGGUCCACCACCACACUAUAGCCUGCUUCAGGGGACUCUGGAGGGGAAAAAUCCUCCAUCUUAAAAGAUCACUCUGAGGAAGAUACCCCCUUAUUGAUGAAGACAUAUAAAAAAAGGAGCUGUGUCUUUGGCUGAAAGUAGUUAAGAGUGAAGUGGUCAGAUGUGGAACUGCAUUUGUGUUCCAACUGACUUUAAGCCAACGAUCACUCUGUGACAGCAGGAGCUGUAGUCUGACUGCUGUCUUCACACAUUACUGAUAUAUAAACAACAUUUUAAAAGUUGAAAUCCAGCUCUUUGAUGCGGUUGAAAUAUGUGAUGUCAGUUUAAUCGUCCAUGUUGACAGAAGACACCCGUAUACACCUUUAGCCCACUUGACUUUCAUGUGGAGUUUUUUGGAAACUCCACAUGGGCUUUUGUGUCUUUUGCACUGAGGAGAGGCUUCAGUCCAGUCACUCUGCCAUAAGCCUAGAAAGGCAGAUGGUUGUCCUGGAACUUCAUCCUAGAUCACCAGAGCUCAGUCAGACUGACCAUCAGGUUCUUGGUGGCCCCUGUUACUAAGGCUCUUCUUUCCCCUGAUUGCUCAGUUUGGCUGGACAACCAGCUCUUGGAUGAGUCUUGAAGAGUCAUUUAAUCAAAAAGGAGUAAAACUAGUAAAAACAAAACAAAAAAAUCAUAUUUAAACAGGUACCUUGUAAUACCCUUAGGGGAAAGUAAAAACAUGAGUAGAGUCAAGGCCAGUUGAGCAAGAGCCUCUUGGUGGAAAUGUACCAUUUGAUUGAAAAGUCCACACUGAAUAACUCUGACCACUAGCUUGACUUGAGUUUGGCUUUGCAGUGAUAGAUUUGAUCAAUAAUCCUAAAACAUAGACAGAAACAUUGUUGUCAGUUUUGAUUUCUGCUCAGGUAAACGCCAUGUUGUACCCGCUGUGAAAAUGUGUCAUUUUUAGCGGUAUAACUGAGGUCAAGGCUGGUACUAAGUGAUAUUUUUGACAGUGUUGUUUUGUUUUGAUUGCUGUCGGCUCUGUGAUUCUCAUCAGCAGCAGCCUCAACCUUUCCACUCUCUCUUCUCCCUCUCUCACACAGAGAGCUACAAACACACAUGAAUAAUGUAAGUGGCGAGGAAAUUGCAGCAGGCUGACAACGAUGCUGAUUCCCCGCCGCAAUCCAAAAUAGUUUGUAAGAGAGAGAGGGAGGGAGGGAGGAGGGCAACACUUGCAUAUCAAACUGAGGCUUUGUGGUUAGAGAAGAAAGUGAGGAGGAGCGGUAGGGCGGGGAGGACAGAAAAGGCUCAUGUUUAAACAGCAGCAGAGGAGGGAUGAGAGCGCAUCAAAACACGGAUUCACAAUGAUCUGAGCCACUUUCUCGCGUUCUUUUUCUUCCUUCGAAGAAAGGGAAAGAAGAAGGAGGAGAGGAGGUGAUUGAAAGGCUGGAGCUGUGUCGGUAAUUAUGAGGCGUCCAGUCGCAGCUGCUGGCUACAAAGAGCUGUUCUGUUGGGUACAACGCUCACACGUACGCACACACUUCCCCCUCGCUCCUUCAUCUCAGUCUGCCUAUAUUUGUACUCUUGUUAAUAAGGACCUCUGUCUUUGAUAAUCCGCACACUCGCAGAUGCAUGAACACUCCUGCAGCGGUUGUUGUGGGGCUUUAGAUAACGUGUUGUUCGUUAACCGCGGCCUCAUUGUAAUGCAUACCAAUCAGAUCAGUGUGCCACAGCAACAGCUCUCCCCUCCUACCCUUAUAUUGGAUGUUUAAUUUAGACGAUGUCUGAUUGCUUUAUCCCAGAGCGAAGUGAUUCCAUUAUGUUUGCCUAAUCAGACUAUACUAAUGUCAUUUUUGCAGCGUUCUUAAUUUCCAUACAUAUUGGGAUUAGUAGUUCAUAACAAGUCAUACAACCUGCAUAUAUUUUCUCCUUAAUGAAAGAGGGAUGACGAAACAGUGUGUAUGUGCAGCUAAACACGUAUUUUGAGAGUUUUUAAACUGGACGUUGAACAUUUUAAAAAAUAAAUGAUGCUACUUUAUUCAUAUUCACGUGAAAAUUGAUUACUUUAUACUUCUAGAGAGAGGGACUGCAAGGUCAAAUCACAUCAGGGUCUGAAUUCUGCGCAAUAUAACAGCCCUUUUCAAUCCUAAAAAUUAGAUUUUUCAGAUUUGUAUCUUUCCUAGCACAUUAAAUGGCCUGAAAAUGUGGACUCCCUCUCUACUGAGGAAACCAUCUCAAAUCAAGGUCCAUUAAGAGAUUCUAAAACCCUCUAGGACAGUGGUUCACAACCUUCUUUUUCCUUUGGAGUAUGGCGGACUUGAUUCAAAAGCAAUUUUCACACAUUUACUCUUGGAGAUUUUCAGAAAAUAUCCAGCAAAGCGGCCCUGAAAUCUUCCUGAGUUAGUUGCUCACAUAUGCAUCUCACAUUAGGUGACCAUGGCUAGAGUUAUACUUACUCUGUUAAUGUGCUUUCAUGUAUGCAUCCAUACAUCCAUAUGCAUCUGCGUCAUGGAUGGCCUUGCAAAUAUACUUGCCCAUACAAGACAAACUAACUGGAAGACAAAACUAUAGGAUACAUGCAAGAGCUAAGACCAUGUGUAAGGUUUAGCUAUAAACAAGGAGAUUGUUGAGUGUUAUCGAUUAUGCGUCAGGCCCAGUCUGCACACCUCUGCUUUUGCAUGAGCAAUUAUACUGUACCAAUGGAAGACCACCUCUGCCAUCCAUGCCAGGACCAGGGAAGUGAACCAUGCUUGAGUGCAGGAAAGAAAUCUCACAUUGGUCAAACAAGCUUGAUUUUGAUUUUGUCCUAGUGUGGCUUACCUGAUGAGCUCAAGCUGUCACGCAAAGUUUCACACAUCCAUCUGGAACACCUCCCAUAGACAGUGUUUGGGAAAGGGAAUAGCAUUUAAAAAAAAAAAAAUCGGAAGGUGAUUCGAUGAACGUUCUGUCUGUCACAUCUUUACGGGCCAA